AUGGCUGCUGUAGGGCGGGGUCUGGUUCGCAUUUCCUCUUCCGUGCUGGGGGUCAGCGCAGCUUCUUCCGGCCGCUCGGAGCGGACUUGUUUUUCUAGCUUAUUAAUGAGAGCAAGGAUACAGCAGGCGUCCCGAGCCGUGGAUGGUCAGUAAGGCGGCCAGAGCCCCGCAGGAACCAUGGCCUAUCAGCUGUACCGGAACACCACGCUGGGCAACAGCCUGCAGGAGAGCCUGGACGAGCUCAUCCAGUCACAGCAGAUCACUCCUCAGCUGGCCCUUCAGGUGCUCCUUCAGUUUGAUAAAGCUAUAAAUUCAGCACUGGCACAACGAGUCAGGAACAGAGUCAAUUUCAGGGGAUCUCUGAAUACGUACAGGUUCUGUGACAACGUAUGGACAUUUGUACUGAAUGAUGUUGAAUUUAGGGAAGUCAGUGACCUUAUGAAAGUGGAUAAAAGGAAAAUUGCAGGCUGUGAUGGAAAAAACACUGGUUCCAAUGCUGCAGAAUGAAUAGAACUGUGGUUUUCCUGCAAUAUUUUCUGUUAAUACGCAGCACUUUCUGGAGAGAAGCAUGGAAAGGGACUGUGUUUGUACUUGCAUUACUUGCAUCUUGUGAUGCAGAUGUAAGUUAAUCCGUACUAAGAAAGCAUCACAGGGAAACAGUGGAAGAAAUACCUGUAGCAUUUCUUCGGUUCACCAUAUGGGGCAUGAAGAACACAACGUUACUUCUUUUUUAAAAAGUUGCAAUGAUACUGUUGCCUUUUUUGUUCAAAAUAAUUUCUCUAAUAAACUUUUAUUUAAAAACUUCUGAA